AACGACUUUUCUCAACAACGUUCUAAACAACCAGCAGAACAACAACAGCAAUGUCCGCUAUCCGUGCUCUCCGCCCCGCGCUCCGUGCUGCCCUCCGCGCGCCCCGCGUCGUCCCGCGCGUCGUCGUUCCCGCGUUCGCCUCGCGCUCGUUCCACGCCACUCUCCGCGCUCGCGGAAGCGGCGAGACUGACGGCGAGCUCGCUGCCGCCCUUGCCGCCGAGCACGCGUACGAGACCGAGUCGGCGACCGACGAGAAGCCCGAAUUCUUCAAGAACCUCGAGCAGGACGGCGUCUGGGCCGUCAAGGACGUUUCCGGCUCCGACGACGUUAUCCUCAGCCGCAAGUUCGGUGACGAGCACCUCAAGCUCACGUUCCAGGUCUCGGACCUGGACAACGCCGAGCCCGUCGAGUCGGUCGACGCCGACGGCUCGGUGAUCGAGGACGCCGUCGAGCCCGCCUACAUCACCUCGUCGCUCCUCGUCACCAAGGGCGGCUCGAAGAAGGCCCUCCUUGUUGACCUCGCCGCCCAGCCCGACGGCUUCGAGGUCACCAACGUCGCCGUGUACGAGAAGGGCCUUGCCGAGCAGGACGGCGCCGACGCCGACUGGCAGCGCAGGUCCAAGUACAUGGGUCCUCAGUUCGACACCCUUGACGUCGCUGUCCAGGACGCGUUCCAGAACUUCCUCCACGAGCGUGGCGUCGACGAGGCGCUCGCCAACUUUGUCGUCUCGUACUCGGAGUACAAGGAGCAGAAGGACUACGUUACUUGGCUUGCCGACCUCAAGGACUUUGUCAACGCUUAGGGGAGUUAAUAGAGGACAGACGGCAGACAUAUAAAAACACCAUGCACCAGACAUGCACCGCUCAAUCACACGCACACACAAACAUGCAGACAAAAUGCACCACAUCCAUGAGAUAGAGA